UAUGCAUAGCGCCACCAAGCGAUUGAGUUUUUUUGGGUGAGCUCGCAAAAUCAAAAUGGCAGCCGCCACAACAACCACGAAUCAAUCGCAACUCUUGCCGCUUGAGCUGGUUGAUAAAUGCAUUGGAUCCAGAAUACACAUCGUGAUGAAGAGUGACAAGGAGAUUGUCGGUACUCUCCUUGGAUUUGAUGACUUUGUCAACAUGGUCUUGGAAGAUGUUGUUGAAUUUGAGUUGACAGCUGAGGGGAGGAGAGUAACCAAACUAGACCAGAUUCUUCUGAAUGGAAAUAACAUCACCAUGUUAAUCCCUGGAAGUGAAGGCCCAGAAGUAUAGCAACUGUUGGUGAAGGGGGUUGGACCAACCCGGUUGGUUAGGGGUGAAUAAAGUAGCGAGCUGAGUGGGUGAGACGCUUCUACUAGAGUUUCUACUUCAUUUCCAGUGGUGUGCUUACAGGUUAAUUGAACUGUUAUUCAUUUCUCACUCUGGCUUUUAUUGUAAACUGCACACAGGAGGUGGGUCCAAGCACACCUCAUAAAACAAAAUGAAAUAACCUGUCUGCUGCCCUCUAGUGUCAGCAAGGCUCCCAUUGGCCGUUUACUCUCAACAUGCCUUCACCACGUGAUUGUCCAUUUCAAACUAAGAGUAUAAGUGAUUCAGUUCCAACUACUACAUGUACAUGUAGUCUGAAUCAGUCGAGCUGUGUGUUCUCGUUGGAAUUCAGUACCACAACCAAACAAGCCUUACCUUGCAUAUUGUAAAUUGCAGUUGAAGAUUCAAUAAACCCACUAUUCUACUUGAGGGGCAGUGACCCUAUAACCCAAAAAGUCCUGCAAUCUAAUAUUGUUCCAAACUUACACUUUUAAAGAUUUACUGACACUAAGUGAAGUCUUAACCUUCUUUUGUAAGUUCAGCAAAUAUUGAUAAGAAAGAAGUUAUUCGGUCAAGUAAAACUUCUAAGUAACUCGAUCUUGUGGACGUUUUUUUGAACUUAAACCCAUGCAGUUGUGUAUCAAAUGUUAUCAUUGUUGCUGUAUAAAAAAAAUUCUUUAUAAUAUUUUUGAGAAGGCAGGCCCAAUUAGGCCCAAAUUAAGAGACUCAUUUCAAACAAUGUGUACCCAUAGACUUGGCUGACACAAUUUUAUUUGUCCAUGGUUGUGGUUGUGGUUGAGACAAUAGUCUCAAUUGCUUGACAUGCAAGAGGGGAGUGUAGACUUUUCAUCAGUAAAGGGCAUCCAGUGAGGUAAAUGUCAAUUUAUACUAAAACACAUAGAUUUUUCACCCAUUUCAUCAAUACCACGCACAAGACCAGUUGUGUCAAGGGAUAAAGGUCUGGAAGAUCAUGUUUAAUUCUUUAAAAACAUUCAAUUAUCUGAUUAUUUCUCAUGUUUUGUUUGUGUAUGGUUAACGUAACCAGGUUACAAUUUUGAUUUCCAAUGCCAAAAUAGAAGCAAGAUUUUGUUAGGAAGAAACGUUUUAUUUUGGAAAUACAUGUCAAUUAAUUCUGAAUACUUUCGCUAAUCUGUUCUUGUUCAAAGCUUGACGGAACAUGAGUAAUUUUUUUAAGUUUUAAAGCAUGUAUACUUUGUGUUAAUCAAGUGUAGUUUGUGAUUACAUUAUGACUGUAGACCUUUUUAUAUAUUAAAGAAAACUUUCUUUAGGAAAACAAAAACA